UUCCACUCGGCACCCAUGAACUUUUCGGCCGUCCGCGCGCCGCUGCGCCCCACUCACGGACAAUGAAGACGAGUCGCAGGUGCAGGACCCUUCUGUCGGUCAGCUUGAACUUCCUCGCCCUGCUCUUCUCCAUUACCGCGUUCAUCACGACUUACUGGUGCGUGGGGACGCAGAGAGUCCCCAAGCCCAAGUGCAGCAAGCUGCGGACACACCAGUGCAUAGACUACGGAGUGAACGAGACGGACCCCAACAAAGUGGUGUACAGCUGGGAGACCGGGGACGACAGGUUCCUGUUCCGUCAGUUCCACACCGGCAUCUGGUUCUCCUGCGAGGAAAACAUCCACGAUGAAAGUGAGAGAUGCCGAAGUUUCAUUGAUUUGGCCCCUGCAUCAGAAAAAGGGAUGCUGUGGCUGUCACUGGUUUCUGAGAUGCUGUACAUUGUUCUGCUGGUGGUAGGCUUCAGCCUCAUGUGUCUAGAGCUGGUCCACUCCAGCAACGUCAUUGAUGGGCUCAAGCUCAAUGCCUUCGCUGCCGUCUUCACCGUGCUCUCAGGUCUUCUUGGUAUGGUGGCUCAUGUGAUGUACACACAGGUCUUUCAGGUCACGGUCAGCCUCGGUCCGCCUGACUGGAGGCCCUACAACUGGGACUACGGCUGGUCCUUCUGCAUGGCCUGGGCGUCCUUCACCUGCUGCAUGGGCGCCUCAGUCACCACCCUCAACUCGUAUACGAAGACCGUCAUCGAGUUCAGGCACAAACGCAAGACCUUCGAGCAAAGCAUCCGGGAGGAGGAUGCAAGGGAGGCUUUUGGAUAUUUCCGAGAACGCCCCGUGCACUCCAUCUCUAAAUCCGUGGAGGUUUAUUCGAGCCAGACCCUGAAGAGCGGCAGGAAAACUCCCAUACCUGCUGACUCUCUGGACCUGAGUGACAUUGCGGCAUCUUUAGGGGAAGAACAGUGCUGAAUGUGACGGGACAGUAGGUGGUGGCAGCUUGAUGAAUGGAGGUGUUGUUGUCCCUCCCGGCUCUGUGUGCGGUACGGGAUGAAUGCCUCACAGGAUCAUUAGCCUCAUCUGAUACAUUUCAACACUGCCUUAAUUGAAACAGGUCACAGAAAUAUAAGUCACACAAGGUUAAAGUUUAGCAAUCCAGCUGAGAAAUGGAGAAAAGUGGUCAUGAUCUAACCUCAUGGAUGAAGGUGUUCUCUCUGUUUGUGUAACCUACCACAAUGUAGAUUUAAAAGAAAAUGUUAAGUAUACCCUUCUAAAUGUAGCCAGGGUCUUUCAGAUGCUAAUAGCCUUAUUAAACAUGUUUCUGUCAAACAGUAAAUCAAUGCAAAUGAUUGUCUAUUAACAAAGACAGGGUUACAGUUUAACCGGUGUUCAUUAAAUGUGAAUUAAAGCCAGAAAUACUUGCUGCAAAUGAUGUGCCUAGAUACAAGUAUAUAAAUUAUAAAUAGGUUGUGGAGUGUAAGUGUGCAGUAUGUUUGUACACAGAAUGGCUGUGGAAAAUUGUGUAUUAUUUUACUUUUGGAUGUUCACAUAAGUUACUUUUAUGCAAGACACAUGCAUUAGACAUAUAAAAAAAUGGCGGUGAAACUCAUCACGCAGACUUUUGUAGGAUGAAGGUUUAAAUGAACACUUGUAAUGGCUUGAUUAGAAUGAUCAGCAGUAAGUGUACUAUCACACGUUUCCAGCAUAGCAUGUCAUUUCCUUUUGAUGUUUCUGCUUUGAUUGGAGGAAAAUAAAUACUGCCAUCAAAAUGUCCGAGUGUUUCGGACAAAUGUGGUGGAUAUUAAAGUCCCCCCAGUCAAACGGUGUUUUGGUUAUUGUUACUUUCGAGGGCU